GAAAGUGUGAUGUGCUGCUUCUACUUUGCUGAUGACAGCUGGAACACCAUAUGGAAAAGGCCAAUCAGUCCUCCCCUGUGAUGGGCUUCAUUCUCCUGGGCCUCUCUGCCCACCCAAAGCUGGAGAAAAUAUUCUUUGCACUCGUCCUGUCGAUCUACCUGGCAGUCCUGCUGGGCAAUGGGGUCCUCAUCCUGGUGACCAUCCUGGACUCCCGCCUGCACACGCCCAUGUACUUCUUCCUGGGGAAUCUCUCCUUCCUGGACAUCUGCUACACAACUUCCUCAUUCCCUCUGGUCCUGGACGGCUUACUGACUCCCAGGAAAACCAUCUCCUUCUCAGGCUGUGCUGUGCAAAUGGCACUCUCCUUUGCCAUGGCAGGGACGGAGUGCCUGCUCCUGGGCAUGAUGGCGUUUGAUCGCUAUGUGGCCAUCUGUAAUCCCCUUAGGUACUCUGUGGUCAUGAGCAAGGCUGCCUACGUGCCCAUGGUCAUCAGCUCCUGGGCUAUUGGUGGUGUCACUUCAGUGGUAAACACAUCCUUAGCAAUGCAGCUGCCCUUCUGUGGGGACAAUGUCAUCAACCACUUCACCUGUGAGAUCUUGGCUAUCCUGAAGUUGGCCUGUACUGACAUCUCCAUUAAUGUGAUCAUCACAGAGGUGUCCAAUGUGAUUUUACUGGGGGUCCCAGUCCUGUUCAUCUCUGUCUCCUAUGUGUUCAUCAUUGCCACCAUCCUGAGGAUCUCCUCAGCUGAGGGGAGGAAAAAGGCCUUCUCCACCUGCUCUGCCCACCUCACGGUGGUGAUCAUCUUCUAUGGGACCUUAUUCUUCAUGUAUGGGAAGCCCAAAUCUAAGGACUCCAUGGGGGCUGAAAAACAGGAUCUUUCCGAUAAACUCAUCCCCUUCUUCUACGGGGGGGUGACCCCCAUGCUGAACCCCAUCAUCUAUAGUCUGAGGAACAAGGAUGUGAAGGCUGCUGUGAGGAACUUGGUGAAUCCUAAGUGCUUCACGCAGUGAUGGUGGAGGCAUCCUCUGUGGUUGC